AUGUCGGACAAUGUGGAAGUGAUCAGCGAAGAUAAAACACUUUACACGGGUAUUCAUCCAUCACUUAAUCGUCGACAUACGCUCGGCGGGAAUUCCUCAUUGGCUUCAGCGUCCGACCAUGCGCCAAUCAUGUGGAGAGCGGUGAUGCCCACUAACAGUCGAUCGACGCUUGUAUCGAGUUCAGAAACGGAAGACGUUGGUGAAAAUUGGAUGACUUUUGACGGCUUUAUGAGGACGACAAGGGCUACUAGCGACAUUUCAAGUCUUAAUCGCCGCCCUGGAGACAGCGCUAUUUUUGCCUUACACGAUGUCGAUGCCUUCAGUGUCCAACGAGCCAAGGUGAUUCGUCGUGUUAGCGAAGAUCGCUAUGUUCGGUUUCGCAACUUUUUCAAAUGCUACGAACCCGGAAUGGCAAUGGAAAUUCAAGCAAGGAGUGCUUUCUCUCGGGAGCACUUGGAUGCUUGGGUGAAUUACAUCAUGAGUCCCAAGGUGUUGCACUGUAUCGUAGAAACAACAGGCACUCAGCAGGAACUAUUGGACUUGCUCAUGGUGUCGGCUGCGAUUUCAAAAUAUGGAGAGAGCGUAUUGAUGGCCAAGGACAGGAGGGGUGACCUCGACGCACUGCAGAAUAUGGAGCUUCACACUUGCGAGGAGAACUCGCAAAGUUCCCCGCUAACGAGUCGUGUACCGACAAACAGCAAUGCCGAGACGAUGGAAUUUGUGGUACGAGUUAACGAGCAGUUGUUGGAAGAGAGACGCGUUGGUGGAGUAGUGCUUCGCGAGAUUUUGACUCAUGUUAGCAGUAUGAAAGUUUCUGUCAACACGAGUACUAAAAGUGAUGGUAACUCAAGUCUGACGGAAGAGGAAGAGCGACUGAAGCAGGUUGGAAUCCGAGUGCAGACGGAUUGGUUCCAGGACACCAUGCUCAAGGUGAAUGGACGAUAUCUUUACGAUGCUAUCCGUCAAGCCCUUAGUGAUAGAAACACCUUAUUGUGGGACGAAUCGAAGGACAAACCUGGGCUGAGACGCAUUCAAGAGGGAGAUGAACUGGAGGUUGAGGUCAUACAAGUUGAAAGAAAAGCUGCAUCGUCUCGUCAUAGUCGACCAAGACUGCCGCCUCCACCUCCACCGCCACGGAACUCAUUGACGACAAACGAGUCGUUGAGAAAGGUCCUUUUGAUUCCAUCGUCACCAAACGCAUCCUCCAAGGGCGGCUUCACAAUCGAGAAUCGAUCAAUGUCGCUGCCUGAUGAAGGUAUAUACGAGCGAAACAGCACGACACUUUUUGGUACGGACAACACUUGCAGAAGGCCGCUGUUUGGAGCAACACGUUUACGGCGCCCGCGCGGGCUUCCUCCCAAGCGUCCCUAA